AUGGCACGUUCCUUCUUCCCACCACCCCUAUUUGGGCCCCAUGACCCUGAGAUUGUUGCUGAUGCACAAGCUACAGCUAGUGCAGUGUUAGAACUUGAUCGUAUUCUCUACGAUUUUCCACCUCGGGACAGGUCAAAUUCCCAGACUUCCGUGUACCAGGAUUGCCAUGAUGAAUAUCAAUCAUCUGAUGGAGAUUCUUGUCAAGAUAGCGAGGAAAAUACCACGUCUUUAGGUCCUACUUCUACAAUAAGCCUCGAUCAAGUAGAUGUGUCUCGAGAUGGGACGAUAGUUAGUGGUAGUAGUAGGGAUGCUGUUAUCGCCUACGAAGUCCAAGACCACCUUAUGCUUCCUGAGUAUCCUGAUACAGAUGAGAACGGUGUUCUACAUAUUAUCCACGCCUCGAAAAAUCCGUUGCAAAAUGUGGAAAGCAGUUCUCGUGAAAUUAACGAGAUAUUCACGCAGCUCAUGUCAUCCGUUCAAUUUUCAACCAAACAUCUCAAAUCUGCGAAGAAAAUCUACACAAAACUUCUCCAAAAAGACCCCAAAGACAAAGAGUCAAGAUCAUGGCACCGAUCUUAUCAAUGUACGGGGAUUCAACAUUGCCAUCAAGUCCAUCCCAGCCUUAUCACCCCAUCGCCAAGGUAUAAUCGGGUUAAGCCAAGUCUUUUCCUUGAGCUUCAGUCCCAGGCUGCGAAACCUGUGUAUAGCUCUAUUAGGCAAGAGAUCGAGCAGCGAACCAGGGAAGGACAAAAACCACGAGUGUGGAUUCGGAAUGGAACCACCUUCAUCGGUUGCCCUAAUCACUCACCUGAACAAACUUGGCAUUAUGCUCAGGCUGUGUCGAAUAGUUCUGCAAGGGUUGACAUUGGGUUCUUGAAACUUCUAUGUGAGAAGGACGGAAUGCGAGCAAUAGGUUACAAUACCAGAGAUUGCCAUUUCGUCCUCCAUCGUGCAGCGAAGCGUCAGCAUUGCGACUCCGUUCAUGCUGAUGGUAUAGGUAGAAUCACUAAAACCGAGUGCCCUGUCAGGAUUGAUCUUUAUAUCCCUUGCUCAUGGGAUCGCUUUCCAUUUUACAUCGUUGUUUCCCGAGGGUCUCAUUCGCAUUUCCCACCGCUACCCACAAAGCUACCAUAUCAGAUUGGACAGGAAAUCGCAGCGGCAAUUCAUGCACAAGAUAUCCUAGGGUUAACCGCACGUAAAUUGAUGGUUUCACCUACAUUUGCGAAAAUCCUGCAUCAACAUGGUGACUCGGCGUUACGAUAUAUCCACAAAAGCUUGCAUAUUGAGGAUAAAGUGACUGCUUUAAUUCAUAAGCAGAGAUUACUAUACUAUCCACAAGGUACAAGUCUCGCUGGUGUUUGGCGCGAAUAUCAGUUUGAUCUCACAAAGAACAAUGACGAACAAUGGAUCCGUGAAGUCUUUUUCUUUGACGAGCAGCGGGAGCAUUAUCUCAUUAUAUGUUGGUUAAAUACCUAUGUCUAUGCUUUCAUGAACCUUGAGACCCGUGCUGCAUAUCGAGUUCUUUUUGAGAAAAUCUUUAAGACUCUUGGGGAUGUUGGACGGAAACCUGUUCAAUGGGCGUAUCAGCUUGGCGGCGACGAUUCGUGUGAUGGUAUUCGUACUGUUACUGUGGAUAUGUGUAAAAAACAAGCACCUGGACUAGGAGAUUAUCUUGUUGGUCUAGAUCCUCGCUGGACGUGGUCAGAGCAUUUACAGCAUGUGUUGAUCCUAUGCCAGACACAUGUUAAGCGAGCGUUUCGGAAAAAAUUUCCUGACCAUGAAGCUACUGCGGCUAUCGAUUUGAUUUGGAGUGCAAAUUCAAAGGCAGAAGUUAUCCAAAUUAUGGAUGAUGUUGCCGAACUGUCUGAUCGAUUCGCGAGACAACUAAUAGCAAUCCGAGCCCGCCUGCUCCCCAAAAAAGACAGCGCCAUAACGACCAAAAUCUCCAAGUCCGCAUUUCAAGGGCUGGCAAAGCAGAUACGCGAAAACGCAGACUCCAUCAAAGCCCUUCAGUUUGCCGAUAAUGCGACUAGCAAGACCGCUGUCAAAACGAAAGACCUCCGCUUCGAUGUCCACCGAAACACCCAAGAUGCGACAAUGGCUACCGGCAUAAUACAAGCCAACAGUCAGGCAACCGACAAUACUGUGAAAGAAUUCAUUAAGGGCAAAACUGGAGGCCACCGUGGCACUCAUCAGGUAAUCGGCCAGAAGAUACGUUUUGGGUUGGGAGACAAGUGCAAUAUCGAGGAACUUGCGACAGCUGUUGAAAACACGAAGUAG